UGCUGGGCUCCCCACCCAGCAAGCCGCUCGAAAAUCUUGACUUGCCGUGAUAGACACGGCCAGCAAACACUAACCCCAGCACGCUCCCGGAAAAGGUUUGGGAUUCAGCCUCCCGGGGAAAUUGCCCUAAUCGCGCAACCAAGGCGAAAAGGGGGAUACAUCGUAGACCCUCGGAUGCGGUCUGACGUCCGUGGAAACCACUGUUGGGAAUCAAAACAAAGAAACCAUCGUCAUGCCAUCAUGAAAUUUAGAUCCCCCGCUCUCGGCUGCGGCAGACCCUGGCUGGCCUGACUGCAGGGUGUCUCACCCCUGAAGAAAGCCGCGAUGGGGUCACGACUCAACAGACUUCUCUUUGGGAAAUCCUCAUCCACAUCAUCCAGCAAUCCGAACGUCAAGGGCAGAUCCUAUGAUUCUGCUGUUGCGUUAGAUCCGCCAGUCAAGGGAUCGUACCCCAUUGCUGGCAAUGGGCCCAACGUCCUGGAAGAGCUUCAGCGAUCGCGUUCGAAGAGAGAUGCCUCGAGGCGACAGUCAGCUGCAAGCACGAGAGCAGCAGCACCAAGUGUCCCUCGAUUUCGAGAAGAUAUACUUGAAAGACCGCGAACUGCUCCCCAUAAUGGCAAGCCAGGAGGAGGUUACACUUUUGGGAGCAAUAAUAACACGCAUGGGAGGACACGGUCCGGGUUUUCGAUGAAAUCACCUCCCAACUUCUUCAACUCGAGCCAACGAAAUUCCAUUCGAUCAACUGUCGAACCUCCUCCUCCUCUUGUACCUGCCCCAAUUUCCAAAUCUUCUGCGCCAAACCCACGAGAGAUCAGAGCAUACCAGCCGACGAAAGCUUCCAAGCCUGCAGAGGCAGGUGCCCCCAAUACCUUCACACCUCCAUCCGCCCUGCAUCUACGCAACGCGUCACAUAUAUCACACAAAUCCUAUGUCGAUCUGCUGGAUGCGCAUUCCAACAUAAGACCGUCUCGGGAUGUGUCAAGAGACCGGGCGAAAGCAUCCGGCGUUCGAAACUACGGAGAAGAUGUGGCGGAUCGCAACCUUGCAGCAUUUGAUUUGAACUCCCCCGAGUUCAGCUACCGGAAAUCUGUUUACGUAUCACAGAAGGGGCAUAAUAAAGAAGGAGUGCCUGCUUCCCAAGCCGCUUCUGCGAGGAGCGAUGUUCUAGCCCACGAGCACACUGCAAGUGACGACAUCCAUUCUCCUCGAAAUCAGACGAAGGCAAAUUCCACCCGUUCAUCUCAGAUCAAUUCGUCCGCGUCUAGACCUGUGUCGGUCUACCAGCCCCGGAUCGACUCGACUUCUGCGGUGACAUAUUCCGCUAACAGAUGUCAGAACGACGAUUGGCUUCCUCCCCCCAAUAGCGUACAUGACCACAGAGUCAGGAACUUGUCACCAUUUUCCACCUCAGCUUCCAUAGACGAAGAACCUGAGGACACUGGCCACCAACUGUUUGUUCCAAUAACAUCAACACCUCCCAUCCCUACUCGAGGACGGGCACGAACACUGACAAAGGACAACCAAAAAACCCCUCCAAUGUCAAUCUCCCGACUUACUGUUCCAAUCCCAAGUCAACAAAGGUCCUCGGCGAAUCCCUCUUCUCUGAAGGAUCGGAGGCGUACAAUGUCAGAAGCAAGCCAGACUUCCGUUACAAUCGGAGGCACACACUCGAGGAGCGGAUCGGCAACCUACUCUGCUUUGCCCAGCCAAAGCCGCCAGGACUUCCAAGCUGACAAUCAAUCUGCCACACGAGGACAGCCUCCUGGUACAGCAACCAAGAAACAAGGAAUGAUUGUCGAAGGGGCCCGGGAACCACCUAGUCUGGAAGGCGUGGUCGAUUUAUCUAACACGGUGGACAGAGACGUAACAAUCAAAGCCUUGCCUGGUACAGAUGCUCCCCCAAUUCCAGCUUUCUCCAAUAUGCGUCCCCAGUCCAAUGUAUCACGCCCCUUGUCUCUACCGUCGCGCUCUUCAUGGCGCCCGUCAAAUCUCCCAUCGCCACUUAAUGUUCAUCCUCCAGGGUGACAAGAGCCUCCCUCAUUUCCACCUGAGGACCGGCCUCUCCCAUCUCCAACGUUCACAGUUUUCCUUUCUGCGAAUCAAAGUAUUAGCAAGUCGGCUGCUAAUAUGGUUCAAUAGCCGUCAUCCACGAGAAAAUUCUACCUACCCGCCACGAGAUCCGCGAAGAAAGAAUUACAAGAGAAAUCCACACUCACGACGUCUUCC